UCACCUGGCGUAUUCCCUUCUUCUGCUGACUGCUGUGCUGUGCUGCCAGGUGGCUUGGUUGUGAACUAAAUUAAAAGGAAACGCCCACUUGGAAAACACCCCUCCGCAGAAAAUGUCAACAUAAGAAAAUUGUAGAGCGGAAAAAUUUUUUUUAGUAAGAUGGAUUUUGACAAUUUGGAAAUAAAGGCAAAGGAAGAUGCUAAAAAGAGGGUUCAACAGCUCCUUCAGCGAGUUGAUCAGCUGGAAAAGGUUGAUCAAUAUAAGCGUAGGGUUGAGCGGAAGAAGGCCUCUGUAGAAUCAAUGCUAAAAACGGCUAUGCAGAGUCAACUUGAUGGUGUUCGUGUCGGACUGAACCAGUUGCAGGUGUCAUUGAAGGAUGUCCAAGAAAUUAAGCAAAACUUGGAAGUUUUGGAGGAUUUUUUCACGAGUGUGCCAGAUUUGAGUUUGAGGCUGCAAGAUGUGAGAGAGGAAAACAUGAGACAUUCCCAGUAUGUGACGGCCAUGGAGAACCUGAAGCAUAUUUUUACUGUUCCUGAAAGCGUUGAAAGAACUAAGCAGUGGAUCAGCGAAGGAAAGCUUCUUCAUGCUCACCAAAGCCUUGCCGAUUUGGAGAAUUCACGCGAUGAUUUGCUCUUCGAGCUCCACAAACUUCCCAACCAAGCACCUGCUGAUACCAUCAUGCUCAAGGAAUACUUUGAAGAUGUCAACGAGCUCUCCAAAUACUUCGCCAAGCAAAUCAAAUUGAUCCUCGGCCGCACUCUAAAUACGGUCAGAAAAGAGCCAACUGUGAUUGUCACUGCGCUGAGGAUAAUUGAGAGGGAGGAAAAAGCUGACGCUGAAGCCCAAGAGCGUUUCCAGCGUAGUGGUUUUAUGCCUCCUGGACGCCCUAAAAAGUGGAAACAGAUGUCGAUGGAUGUUUUGGCUGUUGGUGCUGCACAGAGAAUUGAAGGAACACAAACAGAUGAACGCUCCGACAACAAAAUGUGGCUUGUACGACACUUAGAGUUAACCAGACUCCUGAUUUCUGAAGAUUUGCAAGUUGUCAAGGACCUUUGUGUGCCUUGCUUUCCUCCACAUUAUGACGUUUUAAAUAUGUUUGUAAAAAUGUACCACGACUCGUUAUCACGCCACCUGAUGGACUUGAUACAUGCUGGUUUGGUCGGGAAUGAGUAUGUGACUCUUCUCUCUUGGAUUAAGAACACUUACAACGGUUCUGAUCUUAUGAUGAACCCUGAACUGAACAUAAAUACUUCUUCGUUGGGACCUCUUCUAUCAAGUGAGAAGGUCGUAGAGUUGGAGGACCAGUACUUGAAGAAUAUGGAAAUGAACUACUCCGAGUGGAUGUACAAGACUCUGGAAACGGAGAAGCAAGAUUGGAUGAAAGAAUCACAGCCUGAUACGGAUGAUCAAGAAUACUAUCACACCGUGGCUCCAGUCAUAAUUUUCCAAAUGAUUGAACAGAAUCUGCAAGUUACAAACACAAUAAGCCACGAUCUAACGUUCAAGGCGCUCUUGCUGAGCAUCGGGCAAGUUGCCCAAUAUGGCAAUCUUUAUAGAGAAGCCAUCUUUCAAUACAAAGUCAGUCACUUUGAAGAUAGAAAAUUGAACCCAUAUUUCACAACUUACAUGAUUAAAAUUGUCAACAACUGUCUUCAAUUCGAAGAGCUAGCAAACCAAACAAAAAUGCAUUACUGGAAGCCAGGCAUUCAUGAUAUCAUGGCUGGCCAAAGAUUUGAGACUUUGAGGAUGACGUUCCAGAAUUUGCGAACUGAGUCAGCUCGUUACUUAUUAGAAGAGGCAUUGUUAGAUUUGGAGCUUCAUUUUCAAGAAUUUGUUACUGCAAAGUGGGUGGGAAGUAGUUCGGCGGUCGACACAAUUUGUGUCACUCUGGAUGACUACAUUAGCGAUUACAGGCACUUGCGGCCAGAAAAUUUUGAUUUGGUCAUUACUGAGUGCAUCAACACUGUUGCCAAAAAAUAUAUCACAGCAAUGCUGCAAAAGAAGAUGGCCUUCAAAACUAGUGACGAUCGACGAGAGGGUGCUAACCAGAUAAUUAAUGAGGCAAAUAAACUACAGGCAUUUUUCUUAAAAGUUGCUCAUGAUAUGGCUCGUGAAAAUACUUGUUUGGAAGCCAUCAACUCACUUGCCGAGGUGCUGAAAAAUGAAGACUCGGAAAUGCUCUCCUUGGACCUGCAUGCACUGGUUGAAAAGUAUCCUGAUGUCACUACAGAGCACUUGAUCCAGUUGUUACUUUUGCGCGGAGACGUAUCAAAAUCAGAGGCUAGAGAAAUGGCAAGUUUUGCGCUUUCAAACAGAAAAGAAAAAGACUCGAAACAUUCCAAGACGAUUUUUUCGCUAGUAACAGGUAUUACCGUCAGCUUUUUCUAACUUAAUUAGGCUAUGUUCAUGAUUAAAUAUCAUGUCAUUAUUUUAAAUCAUGGGGAAUGGAAAAAUUAAAUAUAUAUUACAUGCAGUA